GAUACGACUUCUAAUAUUCUAUGUGACAUACUGUACUUGUGUAUAUAGGGACAUGGCAUUCCCUAUACCAUGCAGAACCCUUUCUCUUCUCUCUCUUCUUGCCUCAUCCAACGACAUCACCGCUUUUUUUUCUGACCCUGUUACGUUCUUUUUCUAGUUCUGGGAACUAAUCUUUUUUUCGUUUAUUCUAUAACGUUCUUUAACAUUAUUAUUAAACCCUUCGGCAUAUAAUAUUCCUUUACCAGGCAGGGCCUCUUUAGUAGACUUUUCUAUUAUACACGCAUCUCCGUAGUUACGACCGAAGCCGUUGUUUAAUACUUCCGAAAAAUCAGACAAUAUGAAGGUUGAGACGAGUGCUGCUUUAUUCGCUCUCUUGAGUGUGGCGUCCGCCCGCCCCGAUGCCGUGAAGUUAUUCAGGACGACCGAUGCUCCUAUUGGUGCGUCGGCCAAGUUCAGGCGCGAGGUUCCUCAGGAGCAUUCGCACGAGAAGUUCCUUAAGGGUGUUGCUCAGGCCUUGAACUUGAACAACGUCGACAAGGUGCAAGACCCUGUCUUCGCUCUCCUUGGAAACAAGGCCGCCGCUCAGGGUGCUGGCCAAGUUCAGGAUCUGGACUGUCUCCAACAGCGAGUGGCUGACCAGGCUUUCACCAACGCCAAAGCGGCUAACGAUGUCGAGGGCAUGACCAACGCGCUGAUGUUCCGUGCUCUUGAAAGGAAUACUGGCUCAGUCGGUCUAGCUUCCGUCCUGUGUACAGAGACCGCCAAGAACCCCGAGAUCGCCGCCAUCCAGCAGCACCAGGACCCCGCCUCCGCGGGUGCCGCCGAGCUGAACAAGAAGAUCACCCUCGCCCUGGCUGUCCAGCUCGCCUCGAUCGGCGCCGAUCCCCAGCUCGCGCUCCAGUCCGGAACUUUUGCCCCCGGCCAGGUCGGAGACACGACCGGCGCGGGUAACACUUGCGACGACCAGAACGACACCGAGGGCUGCAUCUUCACCCAGAACCUCCUCGUCAAGGACGCUACUCCCGAGGAGAUCGACGCUGCUGUUGCCGCGGCUGGUGGAAAUGCCAGUGCUGGUGGUAACAACAACGCCGACGAUACCGCUGAUACGUCCGAGGAUGACGAUUGCGAACCCGAUGAUGGCUCUGCUGAUGCGUCCGAGGAUGAUGAUUGCGAACCUGAUGAUGGGUCCGCUGACAACACCUCAAACGACAACGCCGGCAACGCUGCUGACGAUGCUGAAGAUGACGGAUGCGAUGCGGAUGACGGCUCUGCUGACGAUUCUUCGAACGACAAUGCCAACAACAACAACAAUAACAACAACGGAGGUACCGCCACCACCGGCGUCAACGUCAACGCCUUCACCGGCAGCGUCGGCUCCGCCCCCGUCCCGGUCAUCAGCUCCGCCGCCGCCGCGAAGCCCUUCUCCGUGAACGGCAACGAGUUCCUGAACAAAGGCGCGGCGAUCCAGCGGGCGUGCGACGUGCAGAAGAACGCGUGCGCGAACGCGGCCAACGGCGGGGACAAGAGCAUCACGGUAGGCGACUGCGACGCGCAGCAGCAGCAGUGCGUCGCGCAGAACAACAACAACAGCCAGCGCCGCCGCCGACAGCAGGCCGUGGACACGGGCUCGUGCGGCUCGCCCGCGAUCUCGUUCGGCGCGCAGCAGGACCGCGGGGACGCGGCCGCGUUCGCGCCCGUCAACACCGCCGACUUCAACCACGGCUCCGCCCUCAAGCCCGCCGUCAUCACCGACUUCAUCUGCAGCCAGCUCGAGAGCAAGUGCGGCGCUUCGCCGGAGGCCGUCACGCUGUGCGAGGAGGGCGCCGAGGCCGCCGAUUCGUUGGUCGGACAAGCUGCUGCCGAUGCAUUUAACGCCGCGUUGGGAGUUUAAACUUACCUUACCUUAGGUAGGUAGGUACGUACUUCGCGUUAAGAAGGCUGGGGUAAGAGGAAGAAAGAAGAAAAGGGAGAUGGGGGAAAGUCUACUUUGGUAACAGGCAAGG